AUGCCUGGCUCACUCGCCGACUACCUGGCAAAGAACUAUUUGACUGCCGACCCGGCCACCGAGCGGCCAAAGAAGAAGCGCAAGAAGACCAAAGCCAUCGAUACUGCAGGCUCCGGCCUCAUCAUUGCCGACGAUGAUCCACCAGACAUUCGCUCAUUAGGAAAUACGGGCGAAGACGAUGAGGACAGACCUUAUUUCGACACAUCUGCCAAGACUACAGAGUUCCGCCGCGCGAAGAAGUCAAGCUGGAAGACGAUCGGAGGACCCACGUCUGGCCAAGGCGGAAGUGAACAAGAAGCCGCCGACGCAAUUCUAGCCGAUGCAGCAGCCGAACGCGCCGCCCAGCAGGACCCGGACGAUGAAGAUGCGCUUAUGAUAGAGAAUGAAGACGAUGGUGCGGGUCGCAUGGAGUCCGGAGCACGAGGGGGCCUCCAAACCGCAGCCCAAACCGCAGCGAUGGUGAAAGCCCAAGAAAAGCAGCGCAAAGCCGAAGAAGCACAGUACCGCGAUCCCUCAGCAGUGAACCAAAAGAGCCAAGAAACAAUCUACCGAGACGCAUCCGGCCGAAUCAUCAACGUGGCCAUGAAACGCGCCGAAGCCCGGCGCGCAGAAGAAGAAAAGCGCGAGAAAGAAGAACAGGCGCGCGAGGCGCUGAUGGGAGAUGUGCAGCGACAGCAGCGCGAGGAGCGGCGACGGGAUCUACAAGAUAUUAAGGCCGUGCCGCUUGCACGGACGAUCGAGGACGAAGAAAUGAACGAAGAUAUGAGGGCCCGCGAUCGGUGGAAUGAUCCCGCUGCGGAGUUCCUUACGGCUCGGCGUGAUGCAGGAGCCAGUGUUACGGGGCGGCCACUGUAUCGUGGUUCCUUCCAGCCUAAUCGAUAUGGGAUCCGGCCAGGGCAUCGCUGGGAUGGAGUGGAUCGGGGCAAUGGGUUUGAAAAGGACUGGUUUACGUCGCGGAACAAGAGAAGCCGGGUUGAGGCUCUGGAAUACCAGUGGCAGAUGGAUGAGUAG